GAAUUCUUUAUAAGUCCUGUGACCUGUUUGGUAUCAUUUUCAAGCUGCCUUCAAGCCAUAGCAGCCCUGGACAGUCAGUUCACAGGGCCUUGGCCCUCCCUCCUGUGGUCAACUACACCAUCCGAAUGAGCAGCAGGAUCACACAAACCACCAACAGAAUAAGGGAGCGCAUCUGGACAGUGGGCCCGCACAACUCCACCUCGCAGAGCCAGAUUUACAGCCGGGCGUUUAUUUAUAUCCAGGACAGCAUUGAAAGAUCCAUUAUUGAGUUACAGACUGGCAAGAAACCAGAGGAAAUAGCUGUUCAAGUCCAGGCCAUGCCUUACCCCUGCUACAAUAAGGAUAUGUUCUUAACCAGCGUGACCUACUCUCUUCCAUUUGCUCUGAUGGCUGCCUGGGUGCUGUUUAUAGCUGAUUUUGUUAAAACGCUUGUUCAAGAGAAAGAUCUGCGGCUUUAUGAGUACAUGAAAAUGAUGGGUGUUAAUGUCAGCAGCCAUUUCAUCGCCUGGUUCAUAGAGUGCGCCAUCUUCCUUCUAAUUACUGUCACCUUCCUCAUCAUUGUUCUAAAAAUGGGUGACAUCCUUCCCAAAACAAACACAGCACUCCUGUUUCUGUACCUUAUGGACUACAGCCUGUCCAUCAUAGCUAUGAGCUACUUCAUCAGUGUUUUCUUCAAUAAUACCAACAUAGCAGCCUUGGUGGGCAGUCUUGUGUACAUCCUCACCUUCUUCCCCUUCAUCGUGCUGCUUGUCAUUGAGAAUCAUUUGAGCUUCUCUGUGAAGAGCCUUUUGAGUCUGUUGUCUCCAACUGCAUUCAGUUACGCGAGUCAAUACAUUGCUCGAUACGAGGCACAGGGCAUAGGCCUGCAGUGGGACAACAUGUAUAAGUCCCCAAUGAUUGGAGAUAACACUUCUUUUGGCUGGAUGUGCUGGCUCAUUCUGAUAGACUCUUUCAUUUACUUCAUCCUGGGGUGGUAUAUAAGGAAUGUUUUCCCAGGUAGAUACGGCAUGGCUGCUCCCUGGUAUUUCCCGUUGCUUCCGUCUUACUGGGUUGAGUACAACAGUUACCUCCCCUUCUGGAAUGAGAAACGAAGAAGCCUUCUCUUCAACAAGCUGAUGUUAAGGAAAGAAGCCACCCUCACCAAUAAGAUAUGUGCCCCUGCUCCUCACCUGGAACCGGAGCCCACUGAUCUCACCUUGGGAGUCUCCCUCCGUGGCUUAACAAAGGUUUAUGGAUCCAAAGCUGCAGUGGACAACCUCAACCUCAACUUCUAUGAAGGGAAUAUCACUUCCCUGCUGGGACACAAUGGAGCUGGGAAAACUACAACUAUAUCUAUUUUGACUGGGUUGUUCCCUACAUCAUCAGGUACUAUUUUUGUGUAUGGCAAAGACAUCAGGACUGACCAGGAAGUUAUCAGGAAGAACAUGGGUGUGUGUAUGCAGCACAAUGUGCUUUUUAACUACCUCACCACAAAGGAACACCUGCUGCUCUAUGGGUACAUCAAAGUCCCUCACUGGAGUAAACAGGAGCUCUACCAAGAAGUGAAGAGGACUUUGAAGGAGACUGGACUGUACAGCCAUCGUCACAAACUAGCUGGCUCCCUGUCCGGGGGGAUGAAGAGGAAGUUAUCUAUAGCUAUUGCUCUCCUAGGUGGAUCAAGGGUGGUGAUACUAGAUGAACCAACCACAGGGGUGGAUCCAUGUUCUCGGAGAAGUAUUUGGGAAAUUAUCUCCAAGAAUAAAAAAGGCAGAACCAUAAUUCUCUCAACACAUCACUUAGAUGAAGCAGAAGUUCUGAGUGACCGAAUCGCCUUCCUAGAGCAUGGAGGACUCAAAUGUUGUGGUUCGCCAUUCUACCUCAAGGAAACCUUUGGUGACGGAUACCACCUGACACUCACAAAAAAGAAGAAUAUGAUAGAGGAGUGUGACACCACAGCAGUGACCUCCUUCAUCCAGUCCCACCUCCCAGAGGCUUAUCUCAAGGAGGAUAUUGGUGGAGAGCUCGUGUAUGUGCUUCCACCCUUCAAAUCCACUGUCUCAGGGGCCUACCAGGCACUUCUCAGAGCCCUCGAUACCAGUUUGAGUGAUCUCCACCUUGGUUGCUAUGGGAUUUCAAACACAACUGUGGAAGAGGUGUUUCUCAAUCUGACAAAAGAACUAGGGAAGUACCAGCCAGAAGAUGCUGAACUGCCCCAAGAGCUGCCUGGAGCUGGUGGUCAAAUUGGCAGUGAUGAAAUGUCUGUGAGCACAGAUACCUUCACAGAAAGAGACGAUCAGCUCCUGAUUAGAUCAAAAAGCCUGCAGGGUUUGCCAUUGCUGCUUAAGAAGACAACAGCUUUGUUCAUUAAGAGGUUCCACCAUACCCGGCGGGAUGUCAGAGGCUUCAUUGCUCAGGUCAUCCUCCCGGUCCUCUUUGUGAUGGCCGCAAUGGGACUUGGGACGCUGAGAACUAAGGAGACCGAAUAUCCCGAACUGAUUCUUUCUCCCUCUCUGUACGGCACAUCUGACCAGGCAGACUUCUUUGGGAAUUUUAAUGAAUCCACAGAUGCUUUAGUAGCUUCAAUGCUUGCUUUCCCUGGAACGGAUAACACAUGCAUGAAUGAAAGCAAUUCGCAGUGUUUAAAGGAGGACAUGCUUGGCCAGUGGACUAUCAGUGGAGACCAGAGAACUAAGUAUUCUGCCUGCAACUGCACAGAUGGCAUCCAGACAUGUCCACAGACGAACUACACCCCCCCUCACCGAAGGACCUUCUCCACGCGGACAAUUUAUAACCUUACAGGACAAAACGUGGAGACCUACAUUCUGGCAACUACCAAAGACUUCCUGCAAAAACGGUAUGGUGGCUGGAGCUUCGGGCUGCCUUUGACAAGAGAUCUCCAAUUCGAUAUCAGGCCAGUGCCCCCCAACAGAACAUUGACUAAGGUGUGGUAUAAUCCCGAAGGUUAUCACAGCCUUCCAGCCUAUCUCAACAGCUUGAACAACUUCAUUCUUCGAGCUAACUUGCCAAAAAAUGAGACUUCCAGAUAUGGUAUUAUCUUAUCAGCUCAUCCAUAUCCUGGAGGACAGAGUCAAGAACAAGUGAUGCUCAACAGCUUACUCGACAUCAUAGUCUCAAUGUCUGUUUUGGUUGGCUAUUCGAUUACAACUGCGAGCUUUGUGCUCUAUGUGGUAAAAGAACAUCAAACCAAAGCCAAACAACUGCAGCAUAUUUCAGGCAUUGGGAUGACAAGCUAUUGGGUGACUAACUUCGUUUAUGAUCUGGUACUUUUUAUGGUCCCUAUUGGAUUCUCAAUAGGAGUUAUUUCAUCCUUCCAGAUACCAGCUUUCUGCAACAACAAUAACUUACUAGCGGUAUUUCUUCUGCUGUUACUGUUUGGAUACGCAACGUUUUCAUGGAUGUACCUGCUGGCUGGCUUUUUCAAAGAAACAGGAAUGGCCUUCAUCGUUUAUGUCUGCGUCAACUUGUUCUUUGGCAUCAAUACCAUCAUUACUCACUCGGUUGUAUUUCUGCUCUCACAGGAAAAGGCCACGGAUCAGGGCUUGCGUGAUCUUGCUGAAAACUUAAGGCAUGCGUUCCUUCUGUUCCCACAAUUUUGCUUUGGCUAUGGCUUGAUUGAACUGUCGCAGGAUCAGGCAUUGCUGGGCUUCUUAAAAGCCUAUGGAGUGGACUACCCUGACAAAACCUUUGAGCUGGACAAGACCACAUCCAAGCUGUUUGCCAUGUUUAUCCAGGGCACUGUGUUCUUUGCCAUUCGUCUUACAGUUCACGACAGGAUGAUUCAGAGAGUCUGGAACAACAUACUGGAGUUCCUGUUUGACAGAGUGCACGGUAAAGCAUCACUUCUGCCACCCGCAGCUGAAGAGGAUGGGGACGUCCAGGCAGAGAGGAACCGAGUAGAGUCUGGCAAAGCUGACUUCGAUGUGGUGCAGCUCCAGAAUCUCACAAAGAUCUACCACCUUCCUCACAAACGCAUUGUGGCUGUGAAAAACAUCAGCCUUGGGAUUCCUGCGGGAGAGUGCUUUGGCUUGCUUGGUGUGAAUGGAGCUGGAAAGACGACCAUCUUUAAGAUGCUGACAGGUGAUAUUGGAGCAUCCAGUGGAAGGUUGCGGGUCCAGGAUCAUUCUGGAUCCUUGAAUGACAUUAGUGAGGCACACUGGUCACUCUUUGGCUACUGUCCUCAGGAAGAUGCCUUGGAUGACUUGCUGACAGUGGAAGAGCACAUGUAUUACUAUGCUAGGCUCCAUGGCAUCCCAGAGAGAGAGAUCAAAGGAGUUGUACUGCAGCUUCUCCACCGGCUGAAUCUGAUGGCCUACAAAGACAGAGUCACCUCUAUGUGCAGUUAUGGCACCAACAGAAAACUGUCAACUGCUCUGGCGCUCAUUGGGAAUCCAUCAAUUCUGCUGCUGGAUGAACCGAGCUCUGGAAUGGAUCCCAAUGCUAAGCGCCACCUUUGGAAAAUCAUCAGCGAGGAAGUGCAGAACAAGUGCUCGGUGAUACUCACAUCCCACAGCAUGGAAGAAUGUGAAGCCCUCUGUACCAGGCUGGCUAUUAUGGUGAACGGGAGUUUUCAGUGCAUUGGCUCUUUACAGCACAUCAAGAGCAGGUUUGGAAGAGGAUUCACUGUGAAGAUGCACUUAAAUAACAACACAGUUUGCACUGAGACACUGACAGAGUUCAUGAAGUCCCAUUUUCCAAAUACAUGCCUGAAGGAUCGGCAUUUCAACAUGGUGGAGUAUCACGUUCCAGUCUCUGCAGGAGGGGUAGCAAAUAUAUUUGAUCUCCUGGAAGCCAGCAAAGCAGCUUUCAAUAUCAGGCACUUCUCAGUGAGUCAAACAACAUUAGAGGAGGUUUUCAUCAACUUUGCUAAAGAUCAGGCAGAUCCUGACAGCAUGGAUGCAGGCCCUGGUGUGACAUUGGACAGCUCUGACACGAGUAGCCAAGGUAGCACCGUAAGCUCCAUCUAUUGA